CGCGCCCUCUCCCACCCCCUCGGCCCCGGCGAUGGCGGCGGGCGGCGGGCGGGAGGCGCUGGGCGCCCCAUGAGGAGACACAAAUCAGAAAGAACCCCAGGAGCAACCCCCACCAUGCACCCCGACUGUGCCCAUCUCCACAGCGUCCAGGGCGGCGGCGAUGACUCCCCUUGCUCCUGCUCCUCCUCCUCGGCCAGGCUGGCUGCAGAAGGCUCCUGCCCCGGGGAUGUGCGCAUCCAGCUGGGCUCCAGCGCGGCGGAGCCCAGGGAAAACCCGAGCUCCCGGGGCUCCCGGGCGGGCUCCCAGAGCCGCGGCCAUGGGGAGGCAGCAGGGCCCGAGGAUGCAGCUGCGGAGCCCGAGGAGCAGGGCGGGAGCUCCCUGGCCGAGCUGCGCUGCCUCCUGCAGUGGCUGCACAGGAGCCUGCCCUACCUCCUCAUCCUCAGCGUCAAACUCCUCAUGCAGCACAGCACUGGCAUUUCUCUUGGAAUUGGGCUGCUAACAACUUAUGCAUAUGCAAACAAAAGCAUAGUAAAUCAGGUUUUUCUCAGAGAACGGUGCUCCAAGUUGCAAUGCACGUGGUUACUGCUCUACCUGAGUGGAUCAUCUCUCCUCUUGUAUUACACCUUCCACUCUCAGGCCCUGUACCACAGCUUAAUCUUCUUAAGCCCCACUGUGGAUUUUAUGAACUUUUGGGAGGUGCUUUGGAUUGUGGGAGUCACAGACUUUAUUCUGAAAUUCUUCUUCAUGGGCUUGAAGUGCUUUAUUCUCCUGGUGCCUUCUUUUGUGAUGUCCUUUAAAUCCAAGGGCUACUGGUACAUGCUGUUAGAAGAACUCUGCCAGUAUUACCGUAUGUUUGUCCCCAUACCAGUGUGGUGCCGUUUCCUCAUGGCCCAUGGGGAGCUGGACACUGCCCUGGGAUGGACCCUUGGCAUUCUGCUGGGCCUUCUCUACCUCAUCCUCAAGCUUUUGAGCUUUUUUGGACAAUGGAAAAACUUCAGGCAGGUCUUACGGAUAUUUUUUACACGCCCACACUACGGGGUGCCAGCCAGCAAGAGACAGUGCUCUGAAUCUGAUGAUAUUUGUUCCAUUUGCCAAGCUGAAUUUCAGAAGCCUAUUCUGCUGAUCUGUCAGCACAUAUUUUGUGAAGAAUGCAUCUCUUUAUGGUUUAAUAGAGAAAAAACCUGUCCACUCUGCAGAACUGUUAUUUCAGACCAUGUUAACAAGUGGAAGGAUGGAGCCACAUCUAUGCAUCUCCAGAUUUUCUAAAGCUUGUCAAACAACUUGGGUUCCAGUUUGUUUGUUCACACUAAGGUUUUUCAGUUUACUGCACAUUAAACUGUAGGUGGCACAAGGAAAGAGUUUCCAAAUUCCACAUGCCAUGUAUUUAAAACAGUGCAGAAAAUGGCAACUUGACCUUUUCUAAGUAGAGAAAACUUUCAGAAUGAAUGCAGAAAAAGCCAGCAUUGCUUCUUUUGUGAUUCUCAUAGGAAACAGUCCAAUCCUUGAAAUGUGCUGCAUUACUUCUUAAUUCAACAUUUUCUUUUAGAAGUUCAGUAGGGUUCCAGACUGUACUAAACUGUAUUUAUCCUUCUAACACAACUCAAGCCAAAAGGUCAACCUACUGAUUUUAUUAAGAUUAUGAGCAAAUUUUAUCCUCUGGACUGCAGUGAGAAUUAGAGCUGCUUGUCACUCUUGGCAUUAAAGAUCUUUAAUGUUGCCCAGUAAAUGAGAGAAAUGAGCUUUUUAAUGCACCUGGAACAGCAACUAUUUCUCACUGCACCUGUAGAUAAGCACAAGAAUAAGAUAUUUCCCCUUUAGGUUCUUGUAGGCUUCUAAUGGAUCCUUGGCUUAAUCUUUUGGCUUUAAACCAACCACUGAUGUUAGUUUUUUACUUAGCAUUUUAUAAAGCUGGUAUUUUUAAAAGAAAUCUUUAAUACUAUAUUUUUGUCAUAAUAGGAGCCAGAUUUUCUUACAGGGGAGAAUCUAUUUUAUACUCUAUUUGCAAUUUGUAGUUUGCAUAAAAAUCAGAGAGAAUAAAUGCAUUUGAAUCUAUUUGUUUGGUGCAUGUUGAAUAAAGGAAGAAGAUUCCUUAUUGUUUUGGUAUUAACUCAUGUAAGCACAACUGCUCACUGCCAGGUAUAUUUUUCUGGUUGAAGAAAACAAAACCCCUUGAAAUGUUACAAUUUAUUCAUGAUUUUUUAUGUUAUUUCCAGCACUAACUUCUGUGUAACCUCACUUUCUUCCCUGAUUUUCUUUUUUCACUUUGCUAUUCAGAUCAGACUGAAAACAUAACUCAAAUCAUUGUUACAGGAAAGUUAGAUUUAGUUACCAUUACCUCGAACUUCUCUUGCCUGAAGACAUUGAGAAAACUUGUAAAUUCAGGAAAAAUAAUUAGAAAGUGAAACACUUACUUGAAUACCCCAAAGGUACAGCUCCAAGGGCAGAAUUCAGUAUUCAGAAUAAAAAUCUAAUGAGAUGGAAGAUCCAAGCUAAGAAAUACCAUUACAUCUGGCCUGUAAAGCUCACCAAGAUUAUUUUAUAGAGCUCAGCAAAGUGUUGGUGCUUUAAAUCAACCCUGAUCCUUUGGUCUUUGUCUACAACAUUGUAGGAACAACUGGAGUAAAGCGUGGAGAUAGGUCAAAAAGAGGAAUCAGGGAACAAUAUCUCUUAUUUCUCUCUUUCUGUUGAUUUUUCUAUCCAAACCCAGUAAUAUUAACAAAAUGUUUUAUUAAAAAAACAAGAAUAAAAAAGAGAUGUUGGUCAACUGGUUUAGAUUUACACUUCAUCAACCAAACAAGUAAUUUUCACCUUAGUGACAGACAAGGAAAAAAGUGAGUACCUGACAUGGAGGAAUGGCAUCCUCUGUGACCCAUGAGCUCCUCCUGGUCCAGUCUGCACACAAGGUGACAAAUGACAACCAACAGCCACUUUUUAAGAGCCCAAGAACCCAGGGGAAAGUAGCAGAAGGAACCUCUCUUGGGUCUUUAUUUCUGAGGGAAUUCCUGCUCCAUUUCCCAUCAGAGCUCUCAGCAAAGACAAUGAUUUACAUUUCCUGUUACACUUAGGGCCUACCUACUUCCUAAGAUAAAAACAAAUAGGUCACUUGGAUUAACAUAUGUUUAAAUUUGCAUUUAGUUGCUAUUCACAUCCACCUUAUUUAGCUCUUGAGGAUAUUUAGCUGCAGGAAACUGUGAGAGAUGAAAACCAGGACAGGGAUUACCUUUGUUUCUGCUAAGGCAGCUCAAGGGCGUUCUUGCAGACAGCUCCAGAUGGAUUUAGUCUAGAAAAGAGCAACUGGAGAAGUUCAUGUAUGGGACCUGCACACAAGGAUUUGCAGGAAAAAUAUUCAAGUAAUUUGCUUUGUUCUUAAUGAUUUCUCUGGAUAAACUAAACUGGGAAAAUGAAACAGCAAUGAGCCUGCUGUAGAGACAGAAUUUAAAUAAACCAACCAAACCCCAAACAUCUGCCCUAAAACCACAACAGCCUCCUCAAUGUUUGGUGCACUUUUUGAUUAACACUGAGAGCAGGAUGGGAGUUAAUACUGAAAAGAGAACAGACCCAAAAUCAACUUCAACUGUCCACUUAGAGUGGACUCAAAUAUGAAAUGUUCUCCAGCAGUUCAGCUUUUAAACAGCACAGCAAGAAAAAAAGGGAUAUUCAAAAGAACAAUUGACUCGUUGAUUUUUAUCUUU